AUGUCGGUGUACAAGGAUCUUUUUGCAAAGAAGAAAAAAGAGCGACAACAGCUGCCUAUCACUAUGUUCUUCUCCCGAACAAACACACCUGCACCGCGGGCUUCAGAAGAAGAGAACACUGCAGAGCGCAGUCAGGAUGCAGCGGCCCAGUCUGAAGAGCAGUGA